AUUUCUUGCACCAUCAGACCAAAAGCUUACAGAAUUUUAUAAAGCGAUAGUUAAGAUGAUUGCAGAAGAUCUACAGCCAGUCUCUAUUGUUGAAAACUCUGGUUUUAGACAUUUAGUCAAACUUUUGGAUUCUAGAUACCAAAUACCCAGUAGGAGAGCUAUUAGUAGAACUAUUAUACCAAAUAUGUAUGAUGAGGUAAAAAAUAAAAUUCAAGUUGUACUGAAUGAUGCCAAAUACAUAUCAGUAACCACCGACAUUUGGACAUCAAUUAAUACUGAUUCAUUUAUAACAAUAACAGUACAUUUUUUUCCUAAACUUGAUAUAAACCUAAAAACCUUUGUCCUUUGUACAAAAAAAUUAACUAAGAGCCAUACUGCAGUCUAUCUAUCUCAAAUUCUAACUACAGAAUUAAAUAAAUUUGAUAUUUUACAUAAAGUUGUGGCUAUAGUAACAGAUGGCGGAAGAAAUAUAAAUGUUGCUGUUAGGCUUAUGAACAUCCAACAUAUUCCAUGUACAGCACAUAAAUUACAUUUAGUAGUAAGAAAUGCUUUAAGUUUAACAGAUGAUGAUUUGAAUGUAGAUACAAAUAAUGUAAAUAAUGAUGGUGGCAGUUCUGAUAGUCAAUUAAAAGAAAUUUAA